AUGACGGCUUCGAAUGGCCAUGUGGUGCCCAAGAGGGUGCAAAAACACCCCUUUGACCAGUUGAGCAGCGAAGAAAUCGAGAUCGCGCGACAAGCCGUGCUGGACGCACGCAAGUCUGUCAUUCUCUUCCGCAACAUCUACACCGUCGAGCCGCCCAAGGCCCAAGUGGUCAAGUUUCUCGAAGCCGAGCACGCCGGGACUCUAUCGCCAGACACGCCCCGACCGGCCCGCCAGGCUCGUGUCCAGUACGACGUUGUCUACGACGAUCGCAGCCAUGAGUAUCUGGAAUCAAUUGUCGACAUUGCCACGGGCAAGGAAGUCCAUCUCCGACGCUUGGAGAAGGGCGCCCAGCAGUCCUUGACCGUGGACGAGUUCCGCGAGUUUACUGAUGUCUGUGUCGAGUCGGAGAUGUUCAAAAAGGCCAUUCGAGAGCUCAAUCUCGACCAAACGAAGUUCGAGGUUGCCAUUGAUCCGUGGCCCUACGGUGGCCCUGACCCGGGCGAAGUGACUCCACGAUAUACGCAGGGCCUUUGCUUUGCAAAGCUUCGACAUGAGAACCCCGAUACAAAUCACUACGCCUUUCCUCUCCCCAUCAUUCCCGUGAUGGACACGUACAAAAAGGAGAUUAUCCGGAUCGACCGCCUGGCCACUGGAGGUGCCGAAGACGGGCUGGAAUACGGAACCGCCAAAGCAAACGUGCUGGCGCACUGCCAACCGGCCGAGUAUGUCCCAGAGCUGCUGGACAUUCCUCUUCGCGACGACCUGAAACCUUUGAACGUGGUGCAGCCUGAAGGGCCUUCGUUCAAGGUUAGCGACGACUCGUUGAUCGAGUGGCAGAAAUGGAGAUUCCGGGUUGGGUUUACUCCUCGAGAGUGUGCAGUGUUGCACGAUGUGCAAUAUGACGGUCGCAGUGUCUUGUAUCGGUUGAGCUUGUCUGAGAUGACCGUCCCGUACGGCGAUCCUCGACCGCCAUUUCAGCGCAAGCAGGCGUUCGAUUUCGGCGAUGCUGGUGCCGGUCGAGCGGCGAACAACCUUGCCUUGGGCUGCGACUGUCUUGGUGUGAUCAAGUAUAUCGACGCCAUGCUUGUCGACUCGGAAGGCAAACCAUCAGUGUCAAAGAACGUCGUUUGUAUCCACGAACAGGACAACGGCAUCGGGUGGAAGCAUACCAACUUCCGAACCAACCGAGCCGUGGUGACGAGAUCGAGAGAGCUGGUAGUGCAAUUUAUCAUCACGCUCGCCAACUACGAGUAUAUUUUUGCGUUCAAGCUGGAUCAAGCUGGAGGUAUCACAGUCGAAACACGGGCCACGGGUAUUGUAUCCGUGGUGAACAUCGAUCCGGGCAAGGUGAGUCCGUACGGGAACGUCGUGUCACCGGGUGCCCUGGCACAAAACCAUCAACAUAUCUUUGCGGUGCGGAUCGAUCCCGCCAUCGACGGACACGAGAACACCAUCUUUACGGAAGAGUCGCUGCCGAUGCCGAUGAACCCGAAGACGAAUCCGUUUGGCAACGGCUACGAAGUCGUGCGAAAGCCGGUGACCAAAUCGUCGGCCAUCCAUGCCUCUCCGUUCACGAAUUUGACCAUCAAGAUGGCCAAUACCAACAAGAUCAAUCCGAUCUCUCAACGGCCCGUGGCGUACAAAUUCAUCCCUUCGCCAACGCAAUUGAUCCUGGCCGACCCCGAGUCCAUCGUCGCGAAGCGGGCGGCCUUUGCCCACCACCAUGUCUGGGUGACCAAGUACAAGGACGACGAGCUGUUCGCCGCGGGAGAGUUUACAAAUCAGUCACAAAAGGAGAUUGGCGGUGUUGCGGAUGCCGUGAGCCGCAAUGACGACGUGGAAAACGAGGACGUGGUGGUUUGGAACGUCUUCGGACUUACUCACAACCCUCGGGUGGAAGACUGGCCGGUCAUGCCGGUGGAAAUCCACCAGCUCCAACUGAGGCCGGCGGACUUUUUUGUCAGAAACCCGGCCUUGGAUGUCCCGAGCAACAAGAAUCUCAGCAGUGUCGAGGUUGGACGGGACCAGAAUGGAACAUGUUGCCAAGCAGACACAGCGGCUGAUGGGGCGAGGAAUGGGAAUGGUUCUGUCCAGGCAGCCCCGACUUCACAUCUUCAAGGGACUGACAGCGUCCCUGUGGCUGAGGUGACAGGGGCCAACGCCAACGGGCACUAA